AUGGACACAGUCGUAUCAUCGGCACCUCAUUCAACUUUAUUCAGUAAAAAUAUCUAUCUGAGAAUCGUAUCAAACAGUCAAACUGAAGACAAAUCUCGAAAUAUUCAUGUGACUGUCGAAUUUCAAACAGGCAGUUCAUUGCAAACCGAAUUAGUAAUCAAAUUAACAGAUGAUGAUGAUCCUUUUUUUCUCUAUGAAGUUCAUAUCAAUGCUGAAGAUUUCAAAAAUCUAAAACAAGAAGAAAAAAUCGUUGUUGACUUCAACGCAUUUCCUGAACAUGUGAUUGGCUACUUGAAGCUGUGUAUUCGUGACCAGCACAUCGAUGUUACACCGGGAAAUGGUUCGCGUUAUCAAUUACAAGUUGUUAGUGGUGAACCGCAAUUAACAACUGGCCAAGUCUAUUUACGUGUCGUGGAAAUCAGUUCGUUUAAGCAUUUAACACAUUUGUCGUUAACAUUUACAUCAGCGAAUGAUUAUGAAAUCAAAAGUUAUCUCGCUCGAUGUUUACAAUUGAAAAAGAAUGAGUAUAAUCAUUUGUACAAUGAAUAUGAACGAAUAAAGAAAGAAUUGGAAUCAACGCAAACAGAAUUGAAGGAAAGAAAUACGAAUUUCGAAAAACUGAAACUCGAAUGGGAUUCGAAUACAAGCAGUAUUAUCGGUAAACAUAUGCAGGAGUUAGCCGAAGAGAAAGAAAAAGCAUUACAAGAACGAACAAGUUUACAACAAAAAAUCGAGAAUGAUCGUCGUGAUCUCGAACAAGCACAUACGAGAAAUGUUCGUGACAUGCAGGAACGCUUAACUAAACUCGAAGAAACUACCAAAGAAUUAACAAGUUUGAAAUACCGAAAUGAAAUAACGAUCAGUGAAUUGAAUUCCAAAUUAGCAACGCUGACCGAAGAGCAUCAGCAAGCAAAGGAAGAGAUCGUCAAGUACCGCAAGACAAAUACAACCCUCGAGAAUGAUAUUCAUCAAUAUGAAAAAACAGUUAAUCAUUUGCGAACGAAAAUCGCUUUGGUAGAACAAGAAGUGAAGAGUAAACAAGAAGUUAUUCAUCAAACAAACGAUCGCAUCGCGAUUGAGCAAGAUUCGAAGAAAAAAUACGAAGAAACAGUUCAAUUGAAGAUGGAGAAAAUGUUAGAAUUAAAACGCGAUUUAGACAAAGCUAACGAAAUCAUUGUUCGAUUCGGUACGGAUUUGAAAAAAUAUCAAAGUGAUUUGCAAAAGAAACAACAAGAAUUGGCCAAAUGUGAAGAAAAAAUGAAAACCAAAGAUCAAAUAGCAACAAAACAGGAAAGAAUUUUGCAAGAAAAAGAACGAGAAUUAGCCUCAAUUCAAAAAGAGAAUUCGGAAAUGAUUAGUAAACUGGAGAAAUCCACUGAUUCAUAUAAGAAAUUAACUGAACAACAUAAUGAAGCGAAAGAAAUUUUGAAAAAGAAUGAAGCGUUGAUUAACUAUCUCAAUCAUAAAUUAACUGAAUAUCAAAACAUUCCAUCUCAACAACAACAAGCACGUAUAUUAAACGGAAAUAUGACUUUGGACACCUCUUCCACAACAACAACAAAUCAUUUUCGUCCAACGUCAUUUCUGUCGAACUCGCAUAGUAAUAGUGAACCGAAUUCAAUGAGACAUGUAGCGCAAUUUCCAAGUCUACAAACACAUUACGAACCGAUGAAUAAAUCUCAAGGAACAACGUGGAAUAGUUCAACAACAGGUCAUCAACAUCUAAUGAGUAGCACACAAAUGCCGUUGACAUCCAAUGUACGACAUCAUUCUGCUAGUAAUGGCGACCUUAAAGAGACAACUGAAGCCAAUUCGAUCAAUCCACCGAUGAGUUCUCGAAUAGACCCUAAAUAUUUCCAGUUUAAUUCCUCGCUACCUACAAAUAGUUUACCACUUCGUUCGUCCGUGUCAGCUGGAAAUGUUCAACAUUCUGCACGUACGAAUACGACAACAACAUCGUCAGUUACGAACAAACCAUUGUCUGCUCAACAAAAUCGAUCUGCUCGCCAACAUUCCGUCAAUACAACUCCACUCGCUUCCGCAUACUCCUCAGAAAAACAAAUUGAUUUGCAGAAGUCGUCACCAAUCAACAUACACAUACACACUAUCAUCAUCCGUCGACAUACUUUAAUUAUCAAUUGCUUUUCAAUAGUUUACUGUAUUCAAGAGUCGCUGUCAAUGCAAAUGAACGGUGCUGCUGCAGAGGGAGAAUCAAAUGAAAAACAUAAUCAUGAGAUGUCAACUGACAAUGCUUCCACUUCUUCAACGAACCAAGCGAUAUUAGGUGGACCAAACGUUGAAAUCGUUCGACAACAACGGUUCGAAGUCGGUCCACGAUACACUGAUUUAAAAUUCAUCGGCGAAGGCGCCUAUGGCAUGGUUGUAUCAGCUUAUGAUCAUAAUAUUCAGCAACGUGUCGCAAUAAAAAAGAUCACUCCAUUCGAACAUCAAUGUUUUUGUCAACGAACACUACGUGAAAUAAAAAUCCUCGCACGUUUUCGUCAUGAAAACAUCAUCAACAUUCAAGAAGUCAUCCGUGCACCAACCAUCGACCAAAUGAAAGAUAUUUAUAUCGUACAAUGUCUGAUGGAGUGUGAUUUAUACAAACUAUUGCGUCACCAACGACUGACCGAUGAACAUGUUUGUUAUUUUCUCUAUCAAAUCUUACGUGGAUUGAAAUACAUUCAUUCAGCGAAUGUUUUACAUCGUGACUUGAAACCGAGUAAUCUAUUGUUGAAUACCAACUGUGACUUGAAAAUAUGCGACUUCGGCCUGGCAAGAAUAGCAGAUCCGAAUAAGGAUCAUUCGGGAUUGCUGACUGAAUAUGUUGCUACUCGAUGGUAUCGUGCUCCAGAAAUCAUGCUCAAUGCUCGCGGUUAUUAUAAACCGAUUGACAUUUGGUCUGUUGGCUGUAUUCUAGCAGAGAUGAUUGGCGGAAGGCCACUAUUUCCUGGUAAACACUAUAUCGAACAAAUAAAUCUGAUUUUGAAUGUUGUGGGUUCGCCUGAUGAAGGUGAUUUAACGUCGAUUGUUAACGAACGAGCUCGUAAUUAUGUGAGUUUAUUACCGGUUCGCAAGAAAACUCCAUGGAAACAGUUGUUUCCAAAUGCAUCCGAUCCAGCGCUCAAUAUGCUUGAUUAUCUUCUGACGUUCAAUCCGAAUCGUCGUGUAACCGUCGAAGAAGCUCUCAAACAUCCUUAUCUUGCCGAGUAUUAUGAUCCAUCUGAUGAACCGACUGCUCCUCAUCCGUUUACGUUCGAUAUGGAACUUGAUGAUUUGCCAUUACCACAAUUGAAACAACUAAUUUUCGAAGAAAUUGAAAUUAUACCUGAUUUAUUAAAACAACAACAGCAACAACGGGAAUAA